UCAUGCUCACUGUAUUGUGUCAGCAGAGCGGCGAUCCUAUCAGAGUAAUGACACCGUCUGUCAGUGAGAUCUCAGCUACAAAAUAUGAAGAGUAACGCCGCCCGCCGAGUCUACAAGACCAAUGUCUGCUGUCCACACAGAUGGUCCAGACUUGCUGAGUUGUACCGGCUCCCUCCCCUCCAGUCCUGCACAGUUGUACCGGCUCCUCCCCUCCAGUCCUGCACAGGUGUAUCGGCUCCUCCCCUCCAGUCCUGCACAGGUGUACCGGCUCCUCCCCUUCAGUCUUGCACAGGUGUACCGGCUCCUCCCCUUCAGUCUUGCACAGGUGUACCGGCUCCUCCCCUUCAGUCUUGCACAGGUGUACCGGCUCCUCCCCUUCAGUCUUGCACAGGUGUAUUGGCUCCUCCUCUCCAAUCUUGCACAGGUGUACCGGCUCCUCCCCUUCAGUCUUGCACAGGUGUACCGUCUCCUCCCCUUCAGUCUUGCAUAGGUGUACCGGCUCCUCCCCUUCAGUCUUGCACAGGUGUACCGGCUCCUCCCCUUCAGUCUUGCACAGGUGUACCGACUCCUCCCCUCCAGCCUUGCACAGGUGUACUGGCUCCUCCCCUCCAGUCUUGCACAGGUGUUCCGGCUCCUCCCCUUCAGUCUUGCACAGGUGUACCGGCUCCU